UCGCUGCAUAACUUCAAUCAUGAAACGGCUUCAGGGUUCAGAGGACGCAAAGGCCAAAAGAAAGACUCUCAAACCACAGGUGGAGAGACGUCGAAGAGAGAGAAUAAACCGCAGUCUGGAAAACCUUAAGACUCUUCUGCUGCAUAGACAGGAGGAAACUCAACGCAGACUGGAGAAAGCUGAGAUAUUGGAGCACACAGUCCUGUUCCUUCAGAACACCACAAGAGCCGGGGGUGGUGGUGGAGGCCAAAAACUGUCUUUCCGAGACGGUUUCUCCACCUGCCUGCAGAGAGCAACUCAGUUCUUAGGACCUGAAGGGAAAGGCCUGUGGCUCGGAGCAGCACUGGAUGCAUUGUUUGCUGCUCGCUUUGCCAGCUCACACUCUGAUUCUGCAGGUGUCCAUUGGAGAGCUUCCUCUUCCAGUUCCACCUCCAGCUCUCUGCUUCUCAGGGACUCCUCCAAGGCUAUUCUUCAGAUGCUAUUACACAGGUCCGGGCGCAGACUGUGCCGGCCUGCCCUAAACGUGGCCAGUUGUGUUCAGAACCGAGGAGGCUUGGCCACAACCCCCCAGCAGUCCCAGAAAGUGGUGAGUACGGCGAGCAAACAGAGCCGGCCUCAGAGUCACCCGAUCACCCAGCCUUUGUGGCGACCCUGGCCCUGAUCACCAGGCCACAGCUUCACAGCUUCACAGACUGAACUUUAAAUGACUCUAUCAUUGUGAUUAAUGUCUGAGUACAGUAACAUGUGUUGUUCAUUUGACUAGACCGUGAACAUUUUUGGUGCAAUACAUUGAUCAUGUGUAAAAUCUGCUAACUGUAUAAAUACUGUAAACGUAUGAUUCCAUCCAGUGCUGCUAAGUCUCCCGCAGGCCAAUUUGUGCCA